AUGUUCGGAUCAAGAAGAAUGAAAAUAUCUUCUUCAGUUGGCAUCAAGUGCCAUUUGUUAACGGAUGAUCCGUUGGGCCUGAAAUUUUGGCGGUUACCUUUGAUGGCGUUCCUGAGGAUCCUGGUGUUGCUGGUUGUCGGUGUUGCGGCUGCUGGGGGGGACUGCGGUCCCGAAGACGGAGUGUUUGUGUGUUGGGACGUCUGCGGCGAGGAGGUGAGGGGCGCCGGCGGCUACGGGCGCCGCGUGACGUUUGUUGGGGCGACGCUGUUCUUGGACUGCGUCAGACAGGUGGAUCUCAAGGAGGUGAAGCUGCUGUCGCCGACGGUCUGCGUUGGACUUCGGUCCGAGAUGGAUCGAGUGGUGACACCGUGGAGGUGGUGCAAGGAGGUCGUACCACCCGAGCCGGAAGUUUCGACGGCGGCAGUUCCGCCGGUGGUUGAUGAGCCUCGCCCGGUGGCGCCGACGGCUAACUUGGCGGUCGUCCACGUGCCGGCGAUCAAAACGCCGUUCAUGGUCCGGGCGCCGCCCUCAACGCAGCAAAGCGUUGUGGUGGCCCAAGAGGUGCCACACGUCAUCAAGGCACCGUCGUCAACGCUGGAAGUGACGGUCAACAUCAAACAUGGUGUUGCGCACGUCGAGGCAGACAUGGACCCAUGGACGGCGAUGGUCCUGGUCUUUAUGGGCCUUGGGGGAGCUGGAGCCACAUCUCUGGCUGUCUUUUUGGUCUGGCUGGUUAAGUUCAUCAGGAACAAGUCAUCGUACAUGCGGGAGUUGGUGCGGAUGCUGACGCCGGAGGAUCAGCCAGAUCCGGAAGCCCAACCAGUGGUGGAUCUGCUGGGGCUGGAAGAGGCGGAUAAACCCAUCGCAGAAGAGAAAAAGGAAGAGUUGGUCCUUGAGGACAGUAAUCCUUUUAAAGAGAUGUUGAACGCGUAAAUAUGAAAUCGCGUCAAAGAAAGUGCCAUUUUUUUGUACCCGCGUUUUUAUAUGGGUAAAGGCAAUAAGAGAAGUUGUAAAAAGAA